AUGUCCGACAAGGAAGUUUCUUAUUCCUCGCAGCCCGUCGCUGCCCCGGGUGGCAAGAAGGGUGCCAUCAAGCGCCACUGCGCGCGCUUCUGGUGGCUGCAUCUCAUCGUCUUUGUCCUCGUUGCCGUAUUUGUUAUCCUAAUGACCAUCUUUGUCGCGGUGCCCAGAAUCGCCCAGGACAAGAUUAACCAGGCCAAGCUCGACAUUGUCGCCGUCAAGAUUAGCCAGGCCACCCCCGACUCGUACCAGAUGACCAUCAACUCGACCAUCUCCACCGAUGGCAGCGUCAAGGCCAACAUUGACCCUUUCGCCGGCGACAUGUACCUCGAGGACACGGACGACAAGACUCCCUUUGCCGUCCUCAACUUCCCCCCCACCAACGCCAACAAGCACUCCAAGGUCAAUGUCGACCAGCACGUCGAGAUCAAGAACAUGGAUGCCUUUAACAAGUUCAACACCUGGUUCGUCAACAACGAGACGCUCAAGAUUGGCAUCCAGGGCAAGACCAAGGUCCAGCCCAACGGCCUCAGCAAAAAGUACGACGUCACCUUUCACAAGGUCCUCGAGGUCAAGGGCCUCAACCUCUUCAAGGGCAUGAAGGUCACUGAUCCCCGCGUCGAGCUCACCGUCGACAACGGCACCGACCCCAACUUCCGCAACUUUUACGCCACGGCCGAGCUGCCCAACCCCUCGCACUUUUCCCUCGACAUUGGCAAUGCCACCUUUGACAACUUCUUCCUCGGCACGAACCUCGGCAAGCUGUACAUCAACGACCUCUCCCUUGUCCCCGGCAGCAACACUGUCAAUGUCACGGGAAGCCUCAACCAGGGCCAGAUUAUCGUCCUUGCAUCUGGCGCCAAGCCCUACUGCGAGACUGGCGUCGCUGAUUUCAGCUUGAUUGGCACCAACGUCACCCGCAACGGCGCCGAGAUUCCUUAUUUCCAGUACGCCUUGGCCCACGCCAACCAGACUGUCGAGCUCAACAUUACCGACACCCUCUACCGCUCCAACAUUCCCGCCUCAGUCAAGUGCUCAUCUGGCGCUACCAAGUAA